CAUACCACCUGCUCGCUUUGAGAUGGACUCGACCAUGAGCAGCUCUGUCGAUACGACUUGGUUGGUUUUUGUGCUCCCGGCCAUUUUGGAGACGAAUAGCAUGUUCAACAGUUUCUUCGUUCUAUUCUGCAUUUUCAUGAUGACUUUGUCCAUUGGGCUUGUGACUCGGGCUGUUACUGCCGGAGGUCCGGCUUGGAAAAAUGGCCGAAACCACUUUGGGAAGGUCCCCAUUCCUAGGCCUCGGGGCCUGCCCUUCUUCGGGAGCCUCUUCAGCACGAGCCAUGGGCUGGCUCACCGAACUCUAGCUCACAUGGCCAGUUCCAGAGCCGCCACCCAGCUCAUGGCCUUUAGCCUGGGCUCCACCCCAGUUGUUGUGGCCUCAGAGCCCCAUAUGGCUCGUGAAAUCUUGACCUCUCCGAACUUUGCUGACCGUCCACUCAAGCAGUCUGCUAAGAGCCUCCUGUUUGGGCGAGCCAUCGGGUUUGCUCCCAAUGGGACCUAUUGGCGGCUCUUGAGGAGGAUCUCGUCUGCUCAUCUUUUUGCACCAAAACGCAUUGCAGCCCAUGAACCGGGUCGCCAGCUGGACUGUGCAUUCAUGCUGGAUGCCAUUGCGAAAGAGCAGUCCGCUCAUGUGGUUGUGGUCCUCAGAAAGCAUCUCCAAGCUGCCGCACUUAACAACAUAAUGGGAACUGUAUUUGGCAAAAGGUACAACUUUUCAUGCUCCAACAGUGAAGUUGAGGAGCUGCGCCAGAUUGUAAGGGAAGGUUUCGAGCUCUUGGGCGCCUUCAAUUGGUCGGAUCAUUUGCCGUGGUUGAACUACUUUUGCGACCCUUUCCAGAUCAAGAAACGUUGCUCGGCUCUCGUACCAAGAGUUAGAAAAUUUGUCAUUGGCAUUAUCAAAGAACACCGGCUCAAGCGGCUCCCAGGGAACAAUCUUUCCGACAGCUCGGACUUUGUGGAUGUUUUGCUCUCUUUGGGAGGUGAAGAGAAGCUAUCUGAAAAUGAUAUGGUCGCGGUCUUAUGGGAAAUGAUCUUUCGUGGUACUGAUACGAUUGCGCUAUUAACUGAGUGGAUCAUGGCAGAGUUGGUUCUGAAUCCUUACGUGCAGACUAAACUUAGACAAGAACUUGAUUCCGUCGUAGGAUCGAUGCUUUUCAAGGACGCUGAGGUGGCAAAAUUGCCCUAUCUUCGAGCUGUGGUGAAGGAGACCCUGCGCAUGCACCCGCCUGGGCCCCUCCUAUCAUGGGCCAGGCUAUCCACCUCAGAUGUCCAACUCAGCAAUGGCAUGGUGGUGCCCGCCAACACCACCGCCAUGGUCAACAUGUGGGCCAUAACCCAUGACCCUAACUUGUGGGAGGACCCCCUAGUGUUCAGGCCAGAGCGGUUCUUGACCAGCUCGGGUGGGGUAGACAUUGAUGUGAGGGGUGUUGACCUGAGGCUUGCGCCAUUUGGUGCAGGCCGGAGGUCGUGCCCUGGCAAGAACUUGGGGCUUGUAACCGUCAGUCUGUGGGUGGCCAAGCUGGUGCACCACUUCAAGUGGGUGCAGGACGAGGCUCGGCCUGUCGACCUGAGCGAGGUGCUCAAGCUUUCCUGCGAGAUGAAGACUCCUCUUGCUGCUAUAGCUGUCCCGAGAAUUUUAAGUGCAUGAUCUCAUUUACAAGUUGUGAGAGAGUUUUCCAGAUCCUAUAUAUUUUUGAAUUGCAUAUGUCUUUCUUAAUUAUUAUAUAUAUUGUGGCUUGUGGGACGUGAUCCAAAUGAACGUGUCUUA